UAAAAAAAAAAAAAACCAAGCAGAAGAAGAAAUGGAAAAGGCAGACAGGAGAAUUGUAUAAUAUUGUACCUUGUUCGUUUGCGUUUACAGGCUGAUCCAAAACCCUCAACCCUUCUUCUUCAGAUCCUACGCCAUUACUUCCCCUCACAUGGCCUCUACUCUUGCCCUUAGAUUCCGAUCUUCUCGUCUCCGAACCGCCUCAUUGUUUCGGUCAUAUCUCCGCCCCAGGCCCAUCGCAUCUCCGCCCUUGUUUGUUGCUUCUCUCUCUCAUGUCCCUGCGAUCCUUCUCCCUGAUUCCUCGUCCUCUUCCUCCGGCCACCGUUUCUUCUCUACAGCUCGCCGCCAGCCAUUCCGAUCUAAGAAGACGGUCGACAUAGGCGCCCGAGCCAGGCAGCUUCAGAAUCGCCGACUCUGGACUUAUGCACUGACCUUCAGCUGCAUCGCAGGCUUUAUUGUGAUCGUCUUGAAUAAUUUCCAAGAUCAAUUGGUCUUCUACGUGACUCCGACUGAUGCUCUCGAAAAAUACUCCUCGAACCCAUCGAAAAACAAGUUUCGCUUGGGUGGUCUGGUCCUCGAAGGCAGCGUCGUGCAUCCGGCUUCAUCCCAGGAAAUGGAAUUCGUAAUCACUGAUUUGGUUACUGAUAUUUUGGUUCGCUAUCAGGGUUCGUUGCCGGAUUUGUUUAGGGAGGGGCACUCCGUGGUGGUUGAGGGGUUUGUAAAGCCCUUUACAGAGGAAGUCAAGAAAGAGGUUUCGGCUAAAAGUGUGUCUGGAAAGGCGAGGAGUGGAGAGUGUUAUUUUUCGGCCACCGAGGUUCUUGCAAAGCAUGAUGAGAAAUACAUGCCCAAAGAAGUUGCUGCGGCUAUUGAGAAAAACAAGAAGAUGAUAGAGGCUGGCGUUGCUGUGGAUGAGGGAGCCAAGAGCUCGAAGAUGGAUGAUACAAAUCGAUUUUGAGAUUUCCCUCUCUCUCUCUCUUUCUCUCUCUGUUUUUUUUUUUUUUGGGGGGGGGUUUGGUUCUACUAGAUUAUAAAUGCCAUAAUUUUUGGGACGAGAAGUGAGUUAUCAAACAGGAUGAUAAUUAGGAUAGGCAUUGGUAUACGAUGAGUAUCGGGAGAGGUAAACUUGAUUGUUCAUCUAUUAUAUUUUGUUGUUGUAAUUCAUUUUUGUGAGGUGAUAUUUCUCAAAUGAAUAAGCGAAAUGAUAACUUCUGUUA